AUGGCCGCCCAAGACCCAAACCAGCUUGCAGUUGACCUGCCGGAUCGACUUCAUGUCGCCAGCGACAAGUGGCAGGAACUUGCCACCACUGCCGACGCAUGCAGGAGCAAGAGCCCAGCAUUCGCAAGUGAUUCGCAGGCAUCAGCUGCCUUGAGCAGCUCGGGCGAGUUCUCUUCUAAAAGGUUGCGACGGAGGCAGGCAAGCAUGGGAGGCGAUUUCAUAACUGCAGCCCCGACGAGCGCUGCUCUGCCUGAUGCCAAGGUCCGGCGUUGGGCUACCUACAUCGUCGACAACAACUUCAACGCUAACAGUUUAGCAGUGGUUGUCCUUUUCGAUGCCUACCUCACCGCAUAUGACAUCGAUGCCAGGGCUGCUGGACACGAGACAUCCGCUUUCAUCCGCACGUGUUCUGAUCUUUGCCUCCUGCUCUACACGCUCGAGAUACCCCUGUUGCUGUUUGUGCGCGGGCGCCGCAUACUUAAAGACUGGAUGGUGCUCCUGGACAUUGUAAUCAUCCUGUGUGGAUUUGCGGAAUGGCUGUUGACCAACCUGGGAGAUGCCUUGACGUCAAGGAUCAACAUAAACGUGCUCCGCCCGCUUCGCCUGGCAAGAAUCAUUCGCCUGAUGCAGUUCUUGAGGAAGACUCGGUCGCUGAAGGAGUUGCGGAAGCUGGUGACGAUGCUGGCAACAUGCAUGAAGACAUUGGUAUGGAGCUUCCUGUUUGGUUUUGUUGUGAUGACAAUGUGGGCUAUGCUCAUGGUCGAGAUGGUCAACGACCUUAUUCUUGACGUCGCUAGCCGCACAGACGUCUUCGACGAGUGUGGCGAGCAGUGUCUGCAAGCAGCAUCCUCUGUCAUGAACGCAAAUCUCUUGCUCUUCAAAACAGUCGUAGCGGGAGACAGCUGGGGCCUGAUUGCAGUGCCCGUCAUACAGGACUACCCGGCAACUGCCAUCAUUUUCGUCGGCUCCCUGUUAACACUGGUCUUUGGAGUACUUCAGCUCAUCGUCGCUGUUGUGGUGGACACCUUCGCUGAGGUUCGUGAGAACGAUGUUAUCAAUUUGGCGGAGGAGCUAGAGCACAGCCUCAAGAACGAUCGGAAAUACCUGCAAAAGAUUUUUGAUCGUCUGGAUGAAAGCGGGACUGGCGAGCUGACGCUGCAGAAUCUGAUGGAUGGAGCUAGAAGAGAUGCAGAGUUUCAAAGCCGCCUGCGUGUGAUGGACAUUGAUGAGGUCGAUCUCCAGCAGCUUUUCGAGAUGAUCGAUGCCGAUGGUUCAGGUGCUAUUGAAGCUGCCGAGUUCAUUGCACCACUGAGUCGCUGGGUCCGUGACUCCAAGACUGCGCCUCGCUUCAUCAAGUACAAUCUCCAGCAAACAAUGCAGACGCAAGAGGAGCUCCUAAAGCUGUCGCAAUACAGUUUUGCAAUCAUGAACCAGAGGAUUCAGGAGUUGGAGAACAUUCUCAAACGCAGACUCGAUUCUCCUGGAGGCUAUUCGGGCAUCCACGAGCCUCUGGAGCCACACCAACCUGCUGAGCCGCUGGAUGAGGACAGCAAACAUCGUGCCGAGGCCGAUGCGGAAGAGCUGGAAACUGCCUGGAAGGAUUUGCCCGAUCUGCAGGUUGGUGAAGAUUUUAACCUCGAGCAGCCUAACGACAGCGCGCGAGAUCUUCUACAGUUCUCUGGAGAAGGACCUCGGAAGAACAAGGAUGCAGGGAGAUUCAGAGUUGACCGUGCUGAAUCACCCCAGACACCUGACCAUCAGACGCCUGGACUCCGAUCUGAUGCAUCUGCCUCUGAGCUCGGGCACGCGCUACGUGAGACGAUGCAUGCACUUGAGCGUUCUCUAGCGAGUGCCACAGAAGCUGCACUGCAGCAGUCGUUUGCGGUCGCGGAACGGGUUCUUCAAGAUCACCUGGCCUUCCCAUACGAGCGGCGUAGUCGCAGCCGGCGUCGUUCAUCCAAACACGAGGCUGCAGGGAGCUCCUCCAUCUCGCAGACUGUGUCCAUGAAAUCUGUAGAAGAGCUCUGGCCUGAUUUGUCCACACGGGCUUCCAAAAUGGAAGCCGCACGGCGUAAGAGCGUCACGGACAAGUUGUGGAGCACAUCCCAGAAAGGUUGUGCUCCAGAGCGAUUGGCAGUUGGGUAUGGCUUCUAUUUGCACGUGUAUGCUGACCCGGCAGCAGUCAUCUACCAGGUCAGGCAAGUGAAGAAGUUCUUCCCAGAUUCACCGAUUUAUGCGAUGAGUGAUGGCGGUUUGGACUUUAGCAAGCUGUGUGCAGAGGAGGGUUGCAAGUUUGUGCUAUGUCCGCCCGCGAACGACCGUUGGCAUCCGUGGCCCUUCUUUCGCCGCCUGUGGGAUGCAGCUAAUAGUUUGCCGGUCAAGUACAUCAUCAUGUUGGAGCCUGACAACACCGUGCAUGGCUAUCCAAAGCGGCCACCGGGGGCUGACCUUGGCGGACUGCUGGUGCAAGGUCGAUCUUUUGGCCUCGUUCGUUAUGUGGAGAAGCUUGCGCAGCAGAGAGCUCCAGGCUUCAAGUGGACAAAGCAGAGCAUGUCAUCGGGACUGUGUGGUGGUGCCUAUUUCCGGCGAGAGGCAGUGCUUGAUGCCCUAUCGGACGAGAACAUGAUGAGAUUGGAUUGGAAUUACUUAGGUGACCGCUUAAGCAAGGAGAUCUUUUCGUCGGACUUUGCCAUGCAGUAUGCCUUUGCAGCGCGGGGCUGGAGGAUUGAGCCCUGGGAGGAGACUGCCCAGAUGGACAAGCAUCCGGACCUACCCCUGACUGGAGCCAAAGACGCCGCCUUUCGCCAUUACUGCUCGUGCUACCCAGGGGGAAAGCCCACGUACAACUUAAAGGUGGCCAAGUCAGACGAGAAGCUUUUCAAGGGAGGUGGGUUUCAGAUGACUUCUGGACCUUACUCUUCUUCGGUGUGUCAAGUUUGCUACAACUUCACUCGCUACGUGCAAAUCUGGGGAUCCGCACACUGCACAAACACAAUUCCCUUUCAGCUUUCCGAGAAGCUCCUGAAGAGGCAUCACCCUGAGAUGGAGACCAAGCCGUGCACGCUCGAUUGGCUUUGCGAGGUUGGGAAGAUGCGUGGCCGCGGUGUGGACGUGUCCGGUCCAACAGCAACCAUAGAUCCGCAGGCAAGGUACCUUCUGCUGGAGCUGCCUUCUGCAACCUGUCCAGAUGGCACGAAGAGCGUGGAGUCCGUAGGUGAAUGCAAGGCAGCGGCUGCGAAGCUGGCGAAGAUGCUGGCCUAUGAGGAUGAGAUUUACCAAGAGAAUGACCCAAGGGGUUGCGUGUUUCGCGUCCCUGACAAUGAUAUGUACUUCAACGAUGCCGAGGAAGGGCGAGAAAACUCAGCGAGACGCCUAGUUUGCAGGGCCUCAAGCUGA